GCGGCGCCGGCGCUGCUGGCCCUGGCGCUGCUGGUCACCCUGUGCCGGCACCUGUGGGCGCUGCGCUGGAGCCUCAGCCGGGACCGCGCCAGCGCCCUGCCCCUGCCCAGGGGCUCCAUGGGCUGGCCUUUCUUCGGGGAGACCCUGCACUGGCUGCUCCAGGGCUCCCGCUUCCACAGCUCCCGGCGGGAGAGGUACGGCAACGUGUUCAAGACCCACCUCCUGGGCCGGCCGGUGGUGCGGGUGACGGGCGCCGACAACAUCCGCAAGAUCCUGCUGGGUGAGCACACGCUGGUCAGCACGCAGUGGCCCCAGAGCACCCAGAUCAUCCUGGGCUCCCACACCCUGCUCGGCUCCAUCGGUGACCUGCACCGCCAGCGCCGCAAGAUCCUGGCCAGAGUGUUCAGCCGCGCCGCCCUGGAGAGCUACCUGCCACGGAUCCAGAAGGUCGUGAGCUGGGAGCUGCGGGGCUGGUGCAUGGAGCCGGGCUCCAUCGCAGUUUAUUCCUCCGCUAAAACCUUAACUUUCCGCAUUGCAGCUCAGAUUCUGCUGGGGCUCCGCCUGGAGGAAAACCAGUUCAAGGACCUGGCCAAAACUUUUGAACAGCUGGUGGAGAACCUCUUCUCCCUGCCCCUCAACAUACCCUUCAGCGGGCUGCGCAAGGGAAUCAAAGCACGGGACAUGCUACAUGAGUUUAUGGAGAAGGCUAUACAGGAAAAACUGCAGAGAAACAACCCCGAAGAUCACAGCGAUGCUCUGGAUUUCAUAAUAAACAGUGCCAAGGAGCACGGCAAAGAAUUCACCAUGCAGGAGCUAAAGGAGUCAGCGAUUGAGCUCAUAUUUGCUGCUUUUUUCACCACGGCUAGUGCCAGCACUUCUCUGAUCCUCCUACUACUGAAGCACCCCUCAGUGAUUGAAAAAAUAAGGCAGGAGCUGAAGUCCCAUGAGCUGUACCAGCAGUGUGAGCACUGCCCUGUGGGACCCUGCCCAGACACCCUGACUGCCCAGAGCAGGGACAGUGAGAAGCCACUUCUCCGCCCUACGGCCAAAGAUGCUCACGAGGACCAGAGCCAGCCUCUGUGCCCAAUGGAGGACGGUUCCCCCCAGCCCCACACCCUGCCAGAGCCCACCCUCCCCCAGAGCGGUCCUUGCGCUGGCCCCCAGUUUCGGGCGCCAUCAGGGCAGAGCUGUCGCUGCCCCUCAGACAUCAGCCUGGAGAAGCUGAGCCGCCUGCGCUACCUGGACUGUGUGAUUAAGGAGGUGCUGCGGGUGCUGCCACCCGUCUCCGGAGGCUACAGGACAGCACUGCAGACUUUUGAGCUGGACGGCUACCAGAUCCCCAAAGGCUGGAGCGUCAUGUACAGCAUUCGUGACACGCAUGAGACAGCCGCCAUCUACCAGAGCCCUCCCGGCGGCUUCGACCCAGACCGCUUCGGUGCCGCCCGGAUGGAGGCCGCAGGCCGCUUCCACUACAUCCCCUUUGGCGGUGGGGCACGGAGCUGCAUCGGCAAGGAGCUGGCACAGGCCAUCCUCAAGCUGCUGGCCAUCGAGCUGGUCAGCACGGCCCGCUGGGAGCUGGCCACCCCUGGCUACCCCGCCAUGCAGACCGUGCCCAUCGUGCACCCUGUCGACGAUGGGCUGCAGCUCUACUUCCACCCCUUGCAGCCCGGCCACGGCAGCGAAGCCUGA